AUGCCUUCUGCUAUUGUCACUGGUGCUACAGGAAUAACUGGAAAUGCGAUCGUUCGCCAUCUCCUGAAAGAUCCUUCGUACACCAAAAUCUACACCCUCUCGCGAAGCCAGCCAAGUGUACAAGAUGCACGAGUCGAGCACGCCUGCCUUGACCUCCAAGGCUCCGCAGAGGAAAUGGCCAAGAGCCUUGCUGGCAUUUCCGCAGAGUACAUUUACUUCUGUGCCUACCUGGCGCGCGACAAUGAUGACGAGGCGGCUCGCGUGAACGGCGCGUUGCUCUCCAACUUUAUCAAAGCCCUUGAGAUUACCGGCGCGACAAAGAAACUCAAGCGCUUUAUCCUCACUUGUGGAUUAAAACACUACGGUGUCCAUCUCGGAUUGCCUAAGCAGCCGCUCGUCGAAUCUGAUCCUCCGUUGGAGGACGGCAUCGGUGGUCACGAAUGGCCACCGAACUUUUACUAUACUCAACAGAACAUCUUGAGAGAAGCUGCAGCUCGAGGCAAUUGGGAAUGGAUCUGUACCCUUCCGAACGAUGUUAUCGGCUACGCUAAGCAUAACUUCAUGAACGAGGCUACUGCUCUUGGGUUAUAUUGUGCUGUCAGCAAAGCUCUGCCAGGUUCACAGUUGAUUUACCCCGGCAAUAAAGUGAACUACUUCAUCAACAACUGCUGGACUUCUGCAGAGCUGCAUGCCCAAUUUUGCUUGUGGGCUGCCACUGCACCUGGCGCUGGCAACAAUAUUUUCAAUGUUACCAACGGAGACACCCAGUCUUUCCAGAGUUUGUGGCCUCUUCUUGCAGAGCGCUUUGGUUGCGCAAUCCCGGAGAACAUGUUCGACCCUGCUAUGACUGAAGGAUACAAGAAUGAGGCCACCAACGCUGAACUCAAGAACAACAACCCUAUUUCUGUGCACGCCAAAACAAUGGGCAUUGCGGAUGAUCCUGUGAACUCUCGGACCCCCACUCUUCGACUUCCUAUCGAUCCCCAGAAAUGGGCACAGCGAAAGGAUGUCAAUGAAGCAUGGAAUAAGCUCAAGGGGAAAUAUAACUUAGACCAAGCUGCCUGGGACAAGGCUACAUGGGGAUUUUUGACUUUCGUGCUUGGUCGUGAAUGGGGCUGUGUUGCUAGCAUGAGCAAGGCUAGGAAGCUUGGGUGGUCCGGAUACGAAGACACCUGGGAGGCGUUUGAUAGGACAUUUGACGUUUUGGAGAAGGAGGGAAUCAUUCCUCCCGUUGGUCAGCUGAAGAAUGACUACUAG